AUGGUCAAGUUCGUGGCAUCGCUGCUGACUGCAGCACUGAUUGGUCGUGGCACUGCCUUUCCCGCUGUUGAGCAGCCAUCUGCCGCGGCAGCUUCCGGUGCAAGCUGUUGCAAGGCCCUCACAGACGCCCUCGGCUUCAAGGUUGCCUCGAAAUGCAGCCCUGGAUACACAAAAUCCAUCCAGUCGUACUGGGCCGUACAAGAAACGCAAAUAUCUCCGACUUGCGUUCUUCUGGCGACGUCGGCGGAUGAUGUUUCCAAGGCUCUGAAGGUUCUUGUCCCAUCGUCCUGCAGGUUUGCUGUCCGUGGAGGUGGACACGGCCCAAUACCUGGCAUUGCGAACAUCCAAGACGGCGUGACGAUCGAUCUCAGCGCGCUGCGAGAAAUCACUCCUAAUCAGGACAAGAGCCUGGUCGCACUUGGACCAGGGCUCAACUGGGCGUCGGUUUACUCAAAGCUCGACUCUCUUGGCGUCUCGGUCCCUGGUGGACGAGACGGUCCGGUUGGCGUAGGCGGUUCGACGACCGGCGGCGGAUUUGGUUACUUUGCCACCAAGGCUGGCUUCACGGCUGAGAAUGUCGCGUCGUACCAAGUCGUCCUUGCAAAUGGUACCAUUACAACGGCAUCAUCAACGGAAAAUCGUGCUUUGUGGAUGUCGCUGAAGGGUGGCUCUAGCAAUUUUGGCAUCGUCACGCGCUUCACAAUUCGGACAUUUCCUCUGGGCAAGAUCUGGGGAGGCGACGCCUAUUACUCCGUGGCGUCGCUUGAUGCUCACAUCAAGGCGCUCUACGAAUUCACAGCUAACCCAAACUAUGAUGUCGACGCCGGUUACUUCCUCAACUACGCGUACACGGCCUCGUCUGGUGCAAUUCUCACCAAUCGAGUCGCCUACGCAAAGCCAGUGGUGAACCCGCCGGCGUUCCGCGGCAUCACGUCGGUACCGGGACAGAUGCAGAACACGACCAAGGUUCUUAGUCUGGCCGAGUUUUCCAACCAGGCUCUUUCGAAGACACCGGCAGGGUACCAACAACUGACAUGGUCCGUUACCUUCAAUAACAACGUCGCCAUGCUCAAGGACGUGUGGACUGCGUUCAACGCCAGUAUUGCUACUGUGAGGGGUGUUCAGAAUGUCACUUGGUCUCUCACCUUGGAGCCCAUCGUUCCGGCCAUCGCAUUGCAGACCAAAGCCAAAGGGGGAAACGUACUUGGCCUCGACAACAUUCCUUCCGAGGGAUUGAUCCUCUGCCUGCUGUCCGCAACAUGGGUGUCAUCCAACGACAGCCCCAGAAUGAACGCCGCGUCCGACUUGCUCCUCUCUGGCAUCAUUCAACUUGCCAAGAGAAGAGGCGUCUACCACCGCUAUGUGGACAUGAAUCAUGCCAUCAAAUCGCAAGAUCCGAUUGAAGGGUUCGGGUCGGAGAACACCGCGUUUUUGCGCAAGACGGCACAUCAGUACGACCCAAAUGGGGUAUUUCAGACUCUCAUGCCGGGGGGGUUUAAGCUGUAA